AUGGUCUUCCCCGGAACCCUCAGCCGGGGCUGCAGCCGCUGCAGGAAGCGAAAGAUUAAAUGCGAUGGCAGACGCCCAGGAUGUCGACGUUGCGAGCUCUACAAGGCUCCAUGCCCUGGCUAUGAUCGACCACUAGCGUUCCGCUUCCACGGAGAGCCUGGACAUAGCCUUGUUCGUGAUGAGCCCGGCAGCUCUUCCGCGCAGACCCUCGUCUUGGGCAUGGGGCUCGGCUACGAAAAGGCGAGGUCCAGAGGCUCAGGGGUUUGUCGACAACCCCAACCCUCGUUCGAGGAUGAGUCCAUCUCGUAUUUCUUGCACGAGUACUGCGUCUUGCCGGCGCCAGGCGUCAUCAAGGGCCACCUCGACUUUCUAGAGGGCAUGUACAGGAGCUCUAGCCGGACAUCGUGCAUACGCCCGGCGCUCCUUGCUGCAGCUCACAUGUCGCUUUCGCGACACUACAAGUCGUCAACACUCUAUGUCACCGCACGAUACCACUACGGGGCUGCUUUGAGGACUGUCAACAGAGAUCUGUCUGCAUCUAAGCGGCCCCUGAAAGAUGAAACAUUGGCAUCCCUGAUGCUGCUGGGCAUGAUCGAGGAUAUCGAAUGCCAAGGUCAAACGACCAAGGCCGUGCACAUGGCCGGCAUUUCCAAGUUGUUCGACGUAGUAGGGCACCGCGUGAUAACAAAUGUCGAAGAGUCGAACUUGCAUUCGUGGAUAUUCACUCAAAUGCAAAUCCCCUCUCUCAUGGCCAAGGACGAUAUGGACUGCCUGGUCAUUCCCGACUCACAGCUCGACACAUCAAACCCAGUGAUCCGCUUAGCCCUGGUCGUCACUCGCAUUGGACAGUUCUACAGGGCAGCUAGGCGAAUCACGAGUGCAGAUUCGACAUCGGCAUCGAAUAAGCAACGGGAAUUACUCGUUCCGGUUAUCCAAGAAGCCUUGGCAAUCGGCGCUGAGCUGGCCAUGAUUGAAAAGGCCAUGCCUACAAGACUACAACCUCAGCAAACAGCGGACAAGCGACCCGCCACUCCGAACAAUAAGCCCUUGGUCAGCUUUCAAUCGCGAUGGACGGCGUGCACGUGGGUCUUCUUCAACAUGUACCUCAUACUGUUCUUCGGGAGGCUGCAUGUAUGUGCGGCAACCCUCCUGCGGCUCGUGGACUCAAAGAGCAGUCCACAGGUUCAGCUCGCUCAGACCACCGCCACCAUCGCUGAAAAGCAAGUUGUUUCAAUGACUCAGAGGCUCUGCAGUGUCUUGCCCUAUCUGAUGGGAGAAGUCGACGAGCAGGGUGUCCCACUUCCCGUGCCGCAACGUCAGAGCGUCGUCAUGUACCAUCUGGUCUGGCCACUUGCUAUCGCUAUCUCAAGCCCGCAUAGUACCCCGGGGCAAGUUAAAGAGUGUCAGGCCAGGCUCAACCUGAUCCGAGAUCUGUAUGGCAUCAGACUCGCGUCUUUUGCCCCGGGCUUGGCCAGGGAUCUGAUGGCAUCUUGCAAUGCCUGCGCGAAGGCGAAGCAUAGUUGCGAUCUCGGAACUCCCAAAUGUUCACGAUGCCUCAAGAGAAAAGUCACAUGUAUCUACGCAAACCUGCCUUUGUCUUCAUCGUCGACAACAUCAUCGUCAACACCGGAACAGCCGGCUCGGAGCAGGUCAACAGAGAAGUCUGAGGUGAAGGCGUAUUCUUUGAAGAGCCGAGACUUAGAUUCGGCCCCUCAAGAUUCAAUGGAGCUAUUCGCACCCGCUGGCAAUUCCUUCGAUCCGUUUGACUCAUAUCCAACCACCAGACUUCCCAGAGUUCACGUUCAACGAUUGAUACAGCACUUUCUAUCAAAUAUCUCUUUUCAAUAUUACCCUCUGGAUCUCGACAUGUCCUCAAACCCAUUCAUCGUCUCUUGGUGGCCAUUGGCUCUUGCAGAUCCAGCAUUGUUCCAUGUUUCUAUACAGACGGCAUCAUUAGAUGAAGAGAGACGCGCCCAGAAGGGCUUCCCUAUAUCGGAACUUCUCAUGGUAGAUUCUGUGUCUCUAAUACGGAAGAAGAUAGGGAGUUCGUUGCUAGCUAUUCAAGAUGAGACUUUGAAUUCUGUUGUCACUUUGGCUGCCAUAGAACAUGGAAAGGGGAAUAUUGAAGCCAGUAGAGCGCAUAUAGACGGGGCGAAACGUAUUGUUGGGAUUCGAGGUGGACUUGAUCAAGUGAAGCAAGUAAGUCCAUUGACCGCGAGGAUGAUUGCUUGGGUAUCGCUGCUCGUCACAGGCUCUCCUCAAUAUGCAAUACAGGACGAUCUCGGAAUUGGAGAUGGAGUUGGUCCAACACUGCAAUGGCUUCUCGCAUCAUCCUUCCUUGAGAUCCAAGACCCUGUUGUUGACGCUCUCCUCCUCAAUCGCGAGAUAGUAGAUAUUCUGACUCGCUUGCGCGGCAUAUUUCACCAACCGGACGCCUUGAGUUUAAUAGGCACCGAACUUCACGAUCUUACAUGUUUCGUGGUUCACAAGCUUUUGCUCAUUCCGCCAGUUCAAAACUCGCCUCAAUCCGAGUGUCUGCGAUGCGCGAUAGCGCUCUACAUGCUCAUCAUACAUGGCACAACUUAUUAUACGCAUACAGAGCUUGCCAACAACAUUGUUCAGCGCCUCAAGAGCCAGCUCCAGCCUUUAGCAGGCAAAACGGGCAGCGUCUUCUUCGGUUCCUUGCAGAUCUGGGUACUCUCAGUCACAAUUGUCUCGGCUACGGACCCAACAGAUAUACAAUGGCUCAUUUAUGCAGCCAAAAUCGCAGCAAAUGCAAUGGGCUUGCAGUGUUGGGAUGAUGUUGUUGUGCAUUUACACAACAUUCUGUGGCUAGAGACAGAGCGUGCAGAAGUGUUCCGCCAACAGUGGGAAGCAAUUCUGACAUGA